GCGACAUGGAGGGUCAAUUGACCAAACAAAAAAAUAGUCGGCCCGAAAAAUUUUCGGCGCGCGAGGAUAAGUUGAAACUAAUUAGUGCGGUCAAGACGAAGCCCAUAAUAUGGGAUUUGACCCACAAGGGGCAUUUUAAUGCCAUUGGUUUAAAUAUUGCCUGGGAGGCUGUUGCCGCGGAAUUACAAAAGACGGUAAGUAAUUGAUAUUUAAUGAAAUUGUUACUAAAAUCGAAGUCUUUUAUAGUGAAAGAUUGCAAAGCCUCAUGGAAAUCGUUGCGGGCCAGCAUGCGCUACCACCAGAAGAUCUCCAAGGAAAAAAAAGCAAGUGGAAGUGCUGGAGGGAAUGUUGUUCCCGAACGAUGACGCUACCAAAAUCAUUAGAGACGUCGAUGUCUUCCGAAACUUGCGAGGACACAGAUUUGAUGUUUGCUGAGUACCUCGACGACAGUCUACCAAGCAUCUCAUUCGACCAGAGCACGUUGGAGGACCAAGAGCUACAGCUGCAGAAGGGACUAGAGGACAUGGAGAAGGAGAGUUCCAGUUCAUAUUCCUAUAAGCCAUCAACUAAGAAGCGCAAGGCUGCGGCGGAUGAAACCUGUGCCCUAACACAGAAAAUUACGGAGUACGUUGACUUGCAGGUAUCGUCCAUGGUAUCGCAGACCAAAAAAAUUCCACUGGUGGCCACCUACUGGGGCGAAUUAAUGAAUGAUCUGCCGGAAGAAAUGCAAGAUCAAGCGGAACAGCAUAUAACCAAAUUUUUGUUGGAUUUGAAACAAAAAGCAAAAUACCAUUAA